UCCUUGACAAUGUCGGUCACCACAGCUCUGAGCUGCUCAGCGAAGCCCAAGACGUGCGAAUGGCCUGGUUUCUGCAGAGGCCAUAUCACCUAAACGCUGCAGGGCCAAUGCAGACCUUCGGAUAGACCAUAUAAUGCCUUUUAGGUUAUAAGAUAUUUCAAUGUGUAAUUCGCACUCCGACCUGAGAAAGGCAGCAAACCAGCGUCUAGUCUACCGGAACACACAAGAAAAAUAAGUGCGUUUACAUUUUCAAACCUCUUAAAGUAUGUGUCAUUUACUACGCAUUAUUUAAGACGUACAGAUAGUUAGCGACGCUUGUUCAACAGGACUGCCUGCAUUCGUUCCAAGUUACAAGCCAUGAGUUCAAACGUUUCCUUGUCAAAAGGGGAGUUGGCGGCAGCCAUCGGUGUGACUGCAGGAGCUACAGCUGCGGGCAUCCUCCUCUUCCAGUACCUCUCCAAGGGGUCAGGGGUCAAGCCCAAGGUCAACUUGGACCUGCAGAAAGACAACCCCAAAGUGGUGCACGCUUUCGACAUCGAGGACCUCGGGGAUAAGGCGGUGUACUGCAGGUGUUGGAGAUCUAAGAAGUUUCCCUACUGUGAUGGUGCUCAUGCUAAACACAACCAGGAGACGGGGGAUAACGUCGGUCCUCUCAUCAUAAAAAGAAAGGAGGCCUGAAUCCAGUCACUCAAUCAAUCAAUCAUCCCGUCCAUGUUAUUCCGUGAUUGCUGCUGACAUACUGAUGCACACAAGUGCUCUUCGCUACAGAAAGGAUGACAGUGGUUGACAGUACACUUGGUAGUUGCUCUGAAAUAUGGUGACCAAAUCCAUUUUCGGCUAUAUUUAUUUUAUUUAUUGAUUGAAGCCACCCUUAUCACAGGACCAAGCAGUUAUCAUUUUUUGUUGUUGUGGAAAAUGACUUUGUAAUCAUACCUAGAAUAAUGGUAGAUAUUUCACUGGGGUUACCAAGGAAACAGGGGUGUGGGCAUAGUGCUGUGGUAUCUGUGCUGUUCAGAAUGUUUGUUUUUGAUCAAUGUUUGCCUUUCUUUUAUACUGUAGACAUCAUCAGAGCGACAGCGUAGCCUAGUGGUUGGAACGUUGGACUAGUAACCAAAUGGUUGCAAGAUCGAAUCCCAGAGCUGACAAGGUACAAAUCUGUCGUUCUGCCCCUGAACAAGGAAGUUAACCCACUGUUCCUAGGCCGUCAUUGAAAAUAAGAAUUUGUUCUUAACUGACUUGCCUAGUUAAAUAAAAAAUAAUAAAAAAUAAAUGAAUCAACUUAUCUGGCCCAUUAUCAUACCAUAGAGAUCGCAAUGCAUCCGUCCCAUUAUGACACCUGUGAGUGUAUGGGCAGCACCAUUGUGAAAAUCUCCAUUUUGAAGUAGUCCAUUUUCUUCUUCUGCUACUUCUAUGAGUUGGUAAACAAACUGAAAGUGUUCAUACUGCCCCCUAGAGGGUGUUGUCUGAACAGGUAUGAAGCCAAGGCUGGUGAUUUUACUGCCACCUGGAGUUAUGGAAUGUUUGCGCACAAAUAUAAUUCAUUGGCUGAUCCCGCCUGAUGACCUUGAUGGAAUUAUGUGAGACUUCCUUAACCCAUAGGAAGUCCCACCCAGUUGACUACUUAAAAAUUGUGAAAGUCCUCAAUGUCACUGUCCAUGCUAAAACGGGCUUUUCGUCAGUAGAGUCCUCUAUCGUUCUCUAUGGUUGAGUUUUUCCUGACCACAGGACUUGAUCAGUGAUAUCUCUGUACCUUUUUUAUUGCAGCUGUAACUAGGGGCCCAGAGUUUUUCCAUGGUCAGGAAAACUACUGAAGCAUCAAGGAAACAGAUGAGGUGUGACAUAUUUUUGAUUCAACUUGUGAAAUCGAUUGUAAAAUGGUGUCACUUUUCAAUGAAAGGUUCUACAUCAUUCAUAUCUGCAAAUGAAGCCGUCGUAAUGAUUACCUUGUUGAUUCACCGUUAACACAGACUUAAAAAUCAACAAGUUAAACUUGUUCCAUCCAUAAUACAUACCAAUUGGAUUCCUGGGUUGUGUUCAGUGCUGCUACACCUGCAUUGUUUGCUGUUUGGGGUUUUAGGCUGGGUUUCUGUACAGCACUUUGAGAUAUCAGCUGAUGUACGAAGGGCUAUAUAAAUCAAUUUGAUUUGAUUUGAGAAGAAAAAAAAACAUGCGAUGUUGUGAAACUAGGAGGUAGCUUACUAGAGAAACACUCCCAAGUUGAGUUUUCGUAAAAAUAAAAAAUAAAAUGUUUUGCUACAUUUUGCCCUACUUAACACAGCCCUGUAGCCUACUGAAUGUUUUAGUGGCUGAAACUGAACUUGUCAAGCAGCACUUCUGGUAACUAGCUUUAAUAAUUCACUGUUCUAUGUAGUGCAGUGUUUCCCCAAACUCUAUCUUGGGGGACCCCAAGGGGUGCACAUUUGGGGUUUUUGUCCUGGCACUACACAGCUUAAUCAAAUGAAUCAGCUUAUCAACAAGCUUUGACUAUUUGAAUCUGCUGUGUAGUGCUGGGCCAAAAUGUGCGCUCUUUGGGUUCCCCAGGACUGAGUUUGGGGGAUACGCUGACACUAGUGUGAGAAUGUUAAUGUCUACAGUCUGUGACCUUAGAUAUCUACAAUAUGUGACUUCAUUUUAAUCAAUCAUUUAAUCAUCAAUAAAAAAACUAUACAAAUGUU